AUGUUCAAAAUUUUGAUUCUCGUUUCCAUCAUAGCAGCUUCUGCUUCAGUUGCCAUCCCAAAGCCUCUUCCAUUUGUGGAUUCAUCACUCCCACUUCAAUUCGAACAAAAUGUUCCUCAGCCAGCUCCGGCGAUCAUUUCGAACAGUGCUGCUGGAUGGAAAUAUGGCAUCGAUGUGUCGAUGCCAACGACGAGACAGCAAAUGCUGAACAUCAAAGAAGCGGCAUACACGGCUGUUUUCGUUAGAGCUUACAAUCCAAUGGGCCAGGGAGGAUUUGAUGCAAACUCAUGCGACACCCUGCAAUAUGCUUACCAUGCGGGUCUUUCUAUUGAAAUUUAUAUGACUCCACAGCCAGCCUCAUCGAAGGCAGGCUAUCAGCAAGUUGAUGAGCUCUACAACGGAUUGAUAAACUGUGGAAUAACCCCACGGCUUCUUUGGAUUCAAGUAACCUCCCCGAUUAACUGGCCGGUAAAUGCUUCCCAGAAUGUCAACUUCCUGAAUAAUAUUAUUUCACGAGCCAAGCAAUACGGAAUGGGCGUUGGUGUCUACACGAAUCGGUUCGAGUGGGGACAAAUCACCGCUGGAUGGAGCAGCAUCGGAAGUGAUGUUCUCCUGUGGUACUGGAAUGUCUACGGACCAGGAGUGACUGGAGAAACUCCGGCGAAUUUCGACGAUUUCCGUCCAUUUGGAUGCUGGCGUUCAGCGACGAUCAAGCAGUUCGCGCAAUCUGAGAUCUUGUUCGGACUUACCGUCAAUCGAGAUGUCUUCUACACAUCAAGCGCACUUAAUAAUAAUGUCAUUGUAGACAAAUCAAUCUGA